CGGCCGGCAGCCCAGCUGUUUUGAAAAAUGCUUCCUGUUUCUUUAAAGGCGCUCGCAGCGGCUCGGGCGGCCGGGCUGGGGAGGCGGUGGCGGCGGGAGCUGCCUCCUCUCCGGGCGGCGGCGCUGACUGAUCUCGCCAACCGGGCUUCUGUGUAAACUGAGGCUAAACAAACACAGAUGGAGCGCAGCGGGCGUGCUGCAGAAAUGCUGGCGAGGCGGCCGCGACUUCAGAUGACACUCUGAGCGCUGGGGACGCACAGCCCGCGGCUCUGCGCGGAGCCCGGGGCGCAGCUGCCCGGGGCGAGGGGAGCGGCGGGGAGGGAAAGGGCGAGCUGGGGACGCCAUGAAGCCCCUGCCGGCGCUCGAGGACCGCUCGUGGAAGCCCGUGUGCGUGCAGGAGCUGCACGGCCUCAAGAAGCUCAGGCGGAAAGGCAAGGAGCCGGCGCGGCGCGCGAACGGCUAUAAAACUUUCCGAUUAGACUUGGAAGCUCCCGAGCCCGGCGCCACCGCCACCGCCACCAACGGGCUGCGGGACAGGACCCAGCGGCUGCAGCCGGCCCCGGCCCUAGUGCCAGCCCCAGGGGUGCGGGCAGCUCCCCCAGCUGCGGGCCGCAGCCUUUUCGCGAGCCGGGCGUGCGUCCCCGCAUCUUGCUGUGCGCACCGCCCGCGCGCCCCACGCUGCCCGCGCCGCCCGCACCCGCUGCGUCCGCUGAGUCCUCUGGGCGCCCCUCGCCCCCCACGCGCCCGGGGGAAAGUUCCUACUCGUCAAUUUCACACGUAAUUUACAAUAACCACCCGGAUUCUUCGGCGUCGCCUAGGAGACGGCAGGGCGAAGCGGCAGCCGCUUCUUCGGAGAUCAAAGCCCUGCAGCAGACCCGGAGGCUCCUGGCGAAUGCCCGGGAGCGGACGCGCGUGCACACCAUCAGCGCGGCCUUCGAGGCGCUCAGGAAGCAGGUGCCGUGCUACUCAUAUGGGCAGAAGCUGUCCAAACUGGCCAUCCUGAGGAUCGCCUGUAACUACAUCCUGUCCCUGGCACGGCUGGCUGACCUCGACUACAGUGCCGACCACAGCAACCUCAGCUUCUCCGAAUGUGUCCAGCGCUGCACCCGCACCCUGCAGGCCGAGGGACGUGCCAAGAAGCGCAAGGAGUGAGUGACCGUGGGCCAGACCGAGGACGCUGCAGUAGCCUCUGUCCCGCCAGGCCGGAGGACGAAGGGAGUGUGCCAUGUCAGCCCCAGUCUCCAUCUCCUCCAAGAUGCCACCAGCCUUCUACCCUCCACGCCAUCAGGCUGGCAGGGGCAGGAGCAGGCUGGCCUCCGUCACCUCCUGUCCUCCUCCACUUGUGGUGUGGUCGUUCCGCACUUUGCCCACUGCCUGGUCGGGAGAGACCUCGGUCUUCCUCUUGCUCGGCCUCAGGUCCUGAGGCUGCAGAAAUUCAUUGCCAAAGAUUCACCAGAGACACUGAACAAGAUGGGGGACGAAACCUGCCGGCGAUAAGCCGUGGCUGUGUGACUCUGUCCCUCCUGUCGCCCGAGUCCUAUCUCAAGCCAAAGAUGAAACAGCAAUUCUAGGAACUCCUGGAAGGCAUGGGCCUUUGGUGACCGUGGGAAGCAUGUGACCCUCUGAACUGUUGCUCUGUCCACACUGGCUCCUGAGCUGGCCGCGUGCAAGUUAAACCUUCUGGGGGUACUGGGAGGAUGGAGAGGCGGGCCUGAGAUCCCUGUGCCCUUCUUUUUCUUCCACCAGCUGCCCAGGCCUCGGACCCCGAUUCUCAGUGUUCCCUGGGGCCAGACUCCUUCUGAGGGCCUGAGCAGCGUGAGAAGCGAGUGGGGUCAAGGGUGCAAGCAGUAGUACCCCACCCUCCACCCAGACACUUGCCCCAGGUCUUUGCUCCCCCAGCCAGUGGUCCCCCUCAGGCUGGGAAAGCACGAUGGCACCCCGUGGGAAGGCAGUGAUCUGUCACAGGUGGGCAGGAGGGCAGAGGGAGGAAGGGACCAGGGGAGCGGGUCAGGAUGUGGGGUGGGGGGUACAUUCAAAGCCAGGGCCUGCUCUUUCCUUGUGCUCGAAAGGCCAAAGCUGUUCACAUCUGUGCGCAACCAUCUGCUUCAAAUUGAAGUAAAAGCCCCGUCAUAUAAAGAAA